AUGAGCAUUCAAGCAGAGAUAGGCAUGCUAGACCAUGUAGAUGGCUCAUCUCAGUUCAUAUCACAAGACACCAAGAUUAUUUGUUCUGUAACGGGUCCUAUUGAACCAAAGGCAAGACAAGAACUGCCUACACAAUUAGCAUUAGAAAUUAUUGUGCGUCCUGCGAAAGGCGUGGCCACCACUAGGGAGAAGGUACUCGAAGACAAAUUACGCGCGGUGCUGACUCCACUCAUCACCCGUUAUUGUUAUCCGAGACAGCUCUGUCAAAUAACCUGUCAAAUUUUAGAAUCCGGCGAAGAUGAAUCGGAAUUCUCGCUGAGAGAGCUAAGUUGUUGUAUAAAUGCGGCAUUCCUGGGCUUAGUCGACGCAGGAAUUGCCAUGAAUAGUAUGUGUGCAAGUAUCCCUAUUGCAAUCGUGAAGGACUCUAACGAAAUCAUUGUCAAUCCCACUGCUGAACAAUUGAGAAUAUCGCUCUCCGUCCACACUCUAGCGUUGGAGUUUGUCGAUGGCGGCAAGGUCGUGAAAAAUGUUCUAUUGUUGGACAGCAAUGGUGAUUUUAGUGAAGACCAAUUGUUUAAUCUGCUGGAGCUGGGUGAGAAAAAGUGUCAAGAACUUGUUAGGAGAUUAAGAGAAAUAAUACAAGACAAUAUAUCCCCACGUUUGGUUGCCUAG